CCGUUACAAUUAAAAAUACAUUUAAAUUAAUCACUUGCAUAAUAAUGGCAUAUAAUUUCUAUUAAUUAAUAAAUUAAUUACCGUUCCGUUUGUUGUCUCAGAGGAAAUCAACAAUGGUAAGAGAUAUAAUUGUAACAAUUUUCUUCAUUUCCAAAGAAAUAAUGAAAUAAUUGAUAGAACGAAGCUCAAAUUGUCGUGUGAGUUUUAUUGUUAUAUGAAUAGUGAUUGAAUGACAACUGGAGUAGCUGAGUAUAUAAGGAUAUGUAAGAAUUAAUUUAAUUAUAAGGAAGCUAAUCCUAGACCAAGAUGUCAAGAUUUCUGGUUUUCGCAUGCGUCUUGAUGCUGGUCUCAGCGGCGCUUACAGAGGAAAGCUCCGAGAAUCCCAAUAACAUGAAUCAUAGCAACAUGAACCACAUGAAUUCAAAUAACCCAAACAGCCCAAACAUGAAUCAUAUGAUUCCAAAUAUUCCAAAUAGCCCAAACAUGAAUCCCAACAACAUUAACCCAAACAUAAAGCCUGGCGAACCACCAAAGCUGCACAACCACAAUACGACAAAAAUGCAAGAAUUGCCGAAAUUACCAGAAAAGGCCGAAAAUCCGACAACUACGGGAAAAAAUUAAGUCAAUAAUAAUUUUUUGUUAACGUUAUAAGUAAAUGAUUUAUGUAUGUACUUUGUAUGUUAAAAUGAGAUGUACGAUGACUUAAGCUGAUUACGGACUCGCUAUACAUUUUAUAUUGUAUUGACUAAUUGUAGACAAAUAAAUAUUG